ACAUGGUGGUGACGAACAAUUAGGCUAGAGAUUGAGAAAUGAAUUGUUUAUAAAUGUUACGUCUAUAUUAAGAUAUAUGAUAAACACAUUCUGAGAUAAGCCUCUGUUCUCGUUUGAUAAGAAAUUAAGCGAUUUGGAUUGAUAUCAGUGUUAAAAUAACUGUGAUUAAUUUCGAACUAGGCCCAGAUAUCAGUUUAAUUUGAUUGAAUUUUAAAUAUGAAAUUUGUAUUACCUAAUAGUUGACAGGCAAAAAGAUGAACAAAAAUCUUCAAUCACCGACAGCAUUGACAGAGUUCGCUCCUCUUAGCCCAGAGCCUGACGACAGUCCAGGGAUCUCUCAGCUGCUGACCAAACUGUUUAAACGUAGCUCCAACAAUGCCCCUGGUAGGGCUCAGUCCACAUUUUACAUUGCUGAGACAAAACAACCACAGCCAACCGAAGCAGCCACAAGAACUGAGUUACCAGAAGCAACAGACACAAGGUGGCAGGACAAUCCUGAGUUUAACAAGGAGCCACACUCGGACUCCAGCAGCUUGUCUGGAGGGGACCAAUACCGGCUGGAGGUUACAGAAGGUCGUAGUCUACCCAAUGUUCUCAAAAGAAUAAGCAACUUAUUGGCGCUCAAAAGUAGUGGCCUGCAAGCCUACAAGGACACAGAACUGAAGCAGUACUGGAUGCCUGACUCUGUGAGCAAGGAGUGUUACGAUUGUGGGGAGAAGUUCACCACGUUCCGCCGCAAGCAUCAUUGCCGCGUCUGUGGCCAGAUCUUCUGCUCACGCUGCUGUAACCAAGAGAUCCCUGGCAAGAUCAUGGGCUGUACCGGUGAUCUAAGAGUAUGCACGUAUUGCGGAAAGGUUGUCUUGUCGUACCUACAGUCGGCUGAUAUGGGAGCAGACCUCUCGUCGGACCUUCGGGCGCUACAGGAAGAUCUGCAAACCAAAUUCGGGGAUUCGGACGUAACGCUUUUCCCACCAAUCCUCAACCCAGCUUAG